AUGGAUCUAGUCAAGUACAUCUUUGAAAAACCCGCUCUCACUGGACGGAUCGCUCGGUGGCAAGUUCUACUGUCGGAGUUUGAUAUUGUUUAUGUCACUCAAAAGGCGAUAAAGAGGAGUGCCUUGGCGGAUUACUUGGCUCAACAGCCCAUCAAUGACUACCAACCUAUGCAUCCAGAAUUCCCUGAUGAGGACAUCAUGACCUUGUUUGAGGAGAAAGUAGAGGAUGAAGAUAGGGACAAAUGGAUUGUGUGGUUUGAUGGCGCGUCUAACGCACUAGGCCAUGGAGUAGGGGCGGUUUUGGUUUCCCCCGGCGAACAAUAUUUACCUUUCACGGCUAGGUUGGGUUUUGACUGCACAUACAACAUAGUUGAGUAUAAGGCGUGCGCCCUUGGGAUCCAAGUGGCAAUUGACUUCAAGGUCAAGUUGCUCAAAGUAUAUGGGGACUCAGCCUUGGUAAUCCACCAGUUGAGAGGGGAAUAG